CUGUCACUAUAUAUUAGAGCUCCAUCAUUCACUUUACCUUCAACCCCUAGAAACCUGGCUGGAGUUUGAAAGGCACAUAACUAAGGAAAAGAACAAAAAUGAAGCAUCUUCUCUUGUUUACCUUGGCUCUAUGCAUUGUUGCACUAAUUUCUGCAGCGAAGUCUCCUUACCAACAAGUUCUUCAGCACAGCAGAAUCAGAGGCAGACAGCAUGGUCCAAAUGUAUGUGCAAUGCAGAAGAUUCAAGGAACCAACAAAAAAUACUUCACCAACUGCAAGCAGUGGUACCACCGCAAAGUCUGUGGAAAGCCAACGGUGAUCACCUACGAAUGCUGCCCUGGAUAUGAGAAAGUUCCUGGAGAAAAGGGUUGUCCAGCAGCCCUGCCUCUUAGCAACAUCUACAACACUCUGGGAGUGGUAGGAGCAACCACCACCAAGAUGUACUCUGAGAGAGCCGGCCUGCAGCCUGAAAUAGAAGGGCCAGGGAGCUACACCAUGUUUGCCCCCAGUAAUGAGGCCUGGGCAGCCCUUCCCAAUGAAAUUCUGGAUGCCCUGGUUAGCAAUGUCAACAUUGAGCUGCUGAAUGCUCUGCAUUACCACAUGGUUAACAAGCGCUUGACUUCUGAAGAUCUGAAACACGGAAUGGCUAUCCCUUCCAUGUACCAGGACUUUGACGUGCACAUCCACCAUUAUCCCAACGGAAUCGUGACAGUGAACUGUGCCCGUCUUGUGAAGACUGACCAACAUGCUACCAAUGGCAUGGUACAUGUGGUUGACAAGGUCAUUACAGCGAUCACCAAUAACAUUCACCAGACCAUUGAGAUAGACGAGACCUUGGACACUCUGCGCACUGCUGUGGCUGCAGCAGGGCUAACAACUCUUCUGGAAAAAGAUGGUCAUUUCACUGUGUUUGCUCCAACCAAUGAAGCCUUUGAGAAAAUCCCUCCCGAGACACUGAACAGGAUUCUGGGAGACCCGGUGGCCCUGAAAGACUUGUUGAACUAUCACAUUCUGAACUCCAUUCAGUGCUCUGAGGCUAUCAUGGCGGGCACUCCCAUGGAAACACUGCAGGGCACGGUCUUGGAGGUUGGCUGUGAAGGGGGAGAGAUGACUCUCAAUGGCAAGGCCAUCAUCUCCAGCAAGGAUCACCUGGGAACCAAUGGAGUCAUUCACUACAUCGAUGAGCUUCUCAUCCCCGACUCUGCUAAGACCCUGUUUGAGUUGGCCCAGGGUUCCACUGUUACCACGGCGAUUAGGCUUUUUGCUGAUGCUGGACUGAACUCUUAUCUCACUGGGAGUGAUGCCUUUACCCUGAUAGCUCCUCAGAAUGAUGCCUUCCCAGGGUUUAUUUUUGUUGUGAGUGAUUUUUUACGUGUUUUGUCUGUCCCGGGCCCCCAGGCCCCCCAGUCUCUCUGUCCCGGGUUCCCACGCCUGUCGGUCUCUCUGUCCACGGGCUCCCAUGUCCGCUGGUCUCCCUGGUUCCGGGCUUCCGUGGCCCCUGCCCUGAUUCCCUUUAUUCAUACUACAGGAAACCCUCGCCAGUUGGCCAAUGUCCUGAAGUACCACAUUGGACAGGAGAUCCUGGUCAGUGGGGGGGUUGGCUCUCACACCAGAAUACAACCUCUACAGGGAGAACGUCUGGAGCUCAGCAUGAAAAACUACACAGUGUAUGUCAACAAAGUGCCUGUGAAUGAAGCGGACAUGAUGGCCACCAAUGGAGUUGUCCACGCUGUUGGCUCUGUCAUUCAGCCACUUCCUGCCAAGACUUCAGGAGAUGACCCCAGUGUUUCAAGUCAACAUGACUUCAGACAAGCUUCUGCUUUUAGAUCACCAGAAGUGGUCAUGAGAAAUGAGGACCUAUUUCAGAAGGUUGUAAGAAGUCACUCCAGCAGGCAACUCAACCGUGCCAAGUAACUUCUUUAAAGAGAGAAAUGCUUUAAAGCUAUUCAAGCCAGCUGUUUUUGUUAACUCAUUGAAAGCUAUUCUUUUUCUGUGGAAUGUAUUCUUACACUUGAAAUUUCAGCGGGUGUAUGUCUUUCAAUGUUUUUCUUACCUUUUACUCAAAAAUGUAAAAAAAUACAGACUAAAUAUUUGGGUAAGUGAAUAUUUCUAUGCUUUUUCAUGCCAAAGGCUAAUAAUGAAUCAAAUUGACAACAACAAAAAUGAAUCAUUUCAUGUUCAGUGAUAUAGUCACAGUUUGGUGCAAUGUUCAGUGAUGAUUUUGUUUGUAGUAUAUUGAGGCCCUCAUAAAUUAGAUUAAAAUACUCCAUGUUUUAUUUUUUAAAAGAGCUUUUUCAAUAAAUGUAGCAUGUGUGCAUGGUAUGAACCGAAGCAAAAGAAAGCCGAAAGGUAAUGUCUAGUUCAUUUUAUCCAAGACAUGUAUUUCUGAAACAAAUUGCAAAUACAACUCCAGCAGCCAAACCACACAGUUGUAUCAUACUGUACUAAUGAACUUUUGUCUCCACAAAAUAUUAAAAAAACAUCUGAACGUCUAAAAAUAAAAAGUUCCUUUUGUAGCCAAA